AUGCAUUCAUUGGGGUAUAGAGCGAACGCGUUGCUGACCUUCGCCGUAACCAUUCUGGCCCUUAUGUGCGGCAUGGCCUCUCUCUCCGACAACUUCAACUCCCCCUCUCCCUCUGCCCAAGUCCAGGUCUUGAACAUCAACUGGUUUCAGAAACAGCCCAACUCCAAUGACGAGGUCAGCAUGACAUUGAAUAUAUCGGCUGAUUUGCAGUCCCUUUUUACAUGGAACACAAAGCAGGUUUUCGUUUUUCUUGCUGCUGAGUAUGAAACUCCUAAGCAUUCUUUGAUUCAGAUAUCUCUAUGGGAUGGUAUCAUUCCCUCUAAAGAGCAUGCCAAGUUCUGGAUUCAUACAUCAAAUAAAUACCGCUUCAUUGACCAGGGAAGCAAUUUGCGUGGCAAAGAAUAUAACCUGACCAUGCAUUGGCAUGUUAUGCCUAAGACUGGCAAAAUGUUUGCUGAUAAAAUAGUCAUGCAAGGUUACAGAUUGCCAGAGGAAUAUAGAUAA